AUGGAGUUGAAUCAUCAGCUUGGUGAAUAUAUUGAUCAGGUACCCAUCAACAAAGAAAGAUAUCAAUGCCUUGUGGGUAAGUUAAUCUAUCUAGGACACACUAGACAUGAUAUAGCAUAUGCAGUAAGUGUGGUGAGUCAGUUCAUGCAUGCACCAAGUGAAGCCCACAUGGAUGCGGUAAACAGAAUUCUAAGAUACUUGGAGUCAUCUCCUGGAAGAGGAUUGAUGUUCGCACGACAUGGUCAUCUAGAUGUUGAGGGUCACACUGAUGCAGACUGGGCGGGCUCUGUUACUGAUAGGCGAUCUACAUCUGGAUACUUUACCUUUGUGGGAGGCAAUCUAGUAUCUUGGCGAAGUAAAAAACAAAAAAUAGUGUCAAGAUCAAGUGCUGAAGCAGAAUACAGAGGUAUGGCACACGAAGUAUGUGAGCUACUCUGGAUAAGGAAUUUGUUGAGGGAAUUGGGGUUUAGACCCAAACAUGCCAUGCAACUGAAUUGUGACAACAAAGCCACAAUAGACAUUGCACACAAUCUAGUGCAACAUGACAGAACCAAGCAUGUUGAAGUUGACAGACAUUUCAUCAAGGAGAAGCUCGAGGCGAAGAUCAUUAAGGUAUCAUUUGUUAAAUCUGAAGAUCAACUUGCAGAUGUCCUUACCAAAGCAGUCACAUGCAGGGUAUUUCACAGCUCACUUAGCAAGUUGGGCAUUGACGACAUAUAUGCUCCAACUUGA